AUGAGCUGUUCUAUAUGCUCACGUGCUCCUCACCCCCAUCUGCCAUUCCACUGCCCGACGUGUGCUCGCAACCAGCUUUAUCAACUGCGCGUCGAAGGCACCCGAGUGCUGUUAGAGAAGGAAGUCCUUGGGAAACGAAUUGAGACUGCUGUUGCUCAGGGCCAUGGCCAAGAGGAGCGGUCAAAUCAGCAGCAGCCACUCCUUAGGGAUGAUUUCUCGCCUCGAUGGGCUCUCCGGGCGACAAACAGCCACUUGGCUGAGUCCCUGGCAAGAAGGGAAUAUCUCGCACUUCAACUUCAAUCUUUGAGGGCCGAGUCUCUCGCCAAAAAAGCAGAGAUUUGUCAGCGCAAAGAAACUCUAGCUCGCAGACGCUCGGAUGCAGAGUCCGCCCGGUAUCAGCUCGGUGAACGAGAAGAUGGGGCUCUAGCGAGUGUCCAGAACACCAGCAAGCGGGCGGAGCACGUAUGGCAUAAUCUCCAUAACAAAACGGCCGAGUCGCGGAUUUACCUAUGUCGGGAAGUGGCCAAUCUCUAUGGCCUGCGGAAAGCUAUCAAAAAGGGUCAAGACCGGGACAGCUACGUACUUGGCGGUGACCAUAUUGUUGACUUGACGGACAUGAAUGGCAUUUCCCAGGAGCAAAUAUCUACAUCUCUUUCAAACAUUGCUCACCUUGUCAUGAUUGUCUCGCACUAUCUAUCCCUCAGGUUGCCUGCUGAAAUUACCCUUCCCCACCGGAACUACCCUGUUCCCACAAUAUACACCCCCUCAGCGUCGUAUCGCUCGCGGAAUUCCCAUCCCAGGCUCGAUCAUCAAUUCUCGUCGAGUCCAGCGGCUUCAAGAACAAUGGACCCGCGCGUUCACACCCCACGUCCACGUCCCCUUUCCAUCGGAAAACCUUUACCCAAACUAGCCAAAGAAGAAUUCGCGACCUAUACUCUUUUCCUUGAAGGUGCCACUCUUCUAGCAUGGAAUGUUGCAUGGCUAUGUCGAACACAGGGAAUUAGUAUCUCCUCUGAUUCUUGGGAGGAAGUUUGCGACAUUGGCAAGAAUCUGUGGCAACUCCUGGUUGCUCCCCCCGCCCAUCCCUCCACCCUCAUGCGAGCUUUCGCCGGGCGAGAUACGCAAGCCCAGGCGAAACCUGGUAAGGAUCUUCCCAGAACAACCAUCCAACGAACAACGUCAUUUGCCAUGCUCGGUCACUAUUCCCAUGGAACGGCACAUUCUUUUUUGGGGGCUUCCGAAGGAGUGGAUUUUAUGCGAAUGUGGAAGCUACCCACACCCACCAAGAUAGCGGACAAACUCAAGUCGAAUCUUCUGGGUGAGAUGGCCAGUGCAGAAUGGGAGCUACUCGAAGAGAAAGAAUGGGGCGAUGCGGUGACGGAAUCCCAUCAAUCCAUUUCACAAUCCCCCCAAUCUAGUAUACAAGGCCCUCCACUAGGAUCUCACACUGUGUCCGCCGACAGCGCCAAGGGCAGUCCAAGUUCAAGAACUAGGACCAAUUCUGUCAAAAAAUCGGAAGCUUCCGCUUCAGAUCCACGACCUAAAGGUAAAGGCACAAAAGGUUGGACCAAAGUGGGCAGCCGGUAG